AUGAGGACCUGCAGCUAUAUCUCUGCUGCUGCGGCAUCACCGCCGCUCAGGCAACAAUGGCCAGGCAUUUCAUGGCGGCACCACAGCAGGCAGUUGCAAUGCCGCCGGUCGCAACAGGGUUAUUCCGCCGCUGGAACACGGCAUGAUGACCUUGACGACCAAGGUGACAGCCGCCUGAGGCAGAACGCCGGCAUUUUCCAGCCAUCUAUCUGGGGAGAUUUCUUCCUCGGCUACUCCAACCCAGCAGCACCUAAUUCAUUGCCACAACAGAUUCAGAUGGAAGAACGAGCGGACAAACUCAGGGAAGAAGUGGCCGAAAUGAUAGCAAGUUCAACUACCACUGCUAGUAGGCUGCACCUCAUCGAUGCAUUGGAGCGUCUAUGCUUGGAUCACCUGUUCGAACAAGAGAUCAGUGCUGUACUAGCACAGGUUGAGACUGCUGAUGUCAGUGACUGUGAUCUUGGAACGGUUGCCCUGUGGUUUUGUCUACUUCGGAAACAUCGAUACACGGUCUCGCCAGAUGUGUUUGUGAGGUUCAAAGAUGACGAAGGAGGCUUUCUAGUGGACAGUCCUAAAGACCUACUGAACUUUUAUAAUGCAGCACAUAUGAGGACCCAUGGAGAGGUAAUACUUGAGGAAGCCAUACUAUUCGGCCGAAGACGUUUAGAAACAAUGAUACCGUACAUGGAAGGGUCAUUAGCACAUGAAAUCAAAUCUGCACUUGAGAUCCCCCUCCCUAGAAGAGUUAGAAUUUAUGAGUCAAAGUAUUACAUCUCAACGUAUGAGAAAGAUGCUACGGUGCAUGAGAAAGUGUUGCAACUUGCGAAGUUGAACUCAAAUAUAAUGCAGUGCCAUCAUCAACAUGAGCUGGAUAUCAUUACAAGGUGGUGGAAAGAUAUACAGAUUGAAUCGAGGCUUCCAUUUGCUAGAGAUAGAGUUGUAGAGUGCUAUUUGUGGAUGUUAGGGGUAUACUACGAACCAUGUUAUUCUCGAGGCCGAAUAAUAUUGACAAUGAUUAUGGCCAUUGCGGUGCUUUUGGAUGACAUUUAUGAUUCUUAUGCAACUCCAGAAGAAUGUGAAUUGUUUACCAGGUGCAUUCAAAGUUGGGAUUCAAAGGGAGCUCAUGACCUCCCAGAGUGCAUGAAAUUUGCUUUGGAGAAAAUAUUGGACAGCUACGAAACCAUUGAAAAUUUGCUCCAGCCGGAGGAGAAAUAUCGCAUGCCAUAUCUAAGAUAUUUCACAGAUGACCUGGUUAGAAGCUUCAACAUAGAGGUAAAAAUGCUUCAAGAAGGAUACAUUCCAAAGUCUGUUGAAGAGCAUCUGAAGGUUUCAAUCAGAACUGUCGGAAGUCCCAUUUUUUCAUGUGCUUCCUUUGUCGGGAUGCAUGAUAUAGCAACAGAGGAUUGCUUUCAUUGGGUCUCUAGUGAACCUAAAAUGGUCCAAGCACUUUCCGUGAUUCUCAGACUAGUAGAUGACCUCCAAUCAUAUGAGCGGGAGCAACUGAUCCCUCACGUUGCUUCCACAAUCAAUAGUUACAUGAAGGAGCACAAUGUCUCCAUUGAAGUUGCACGUGAGCAGAUACAUGUACUCAAAGAGGACUCAUGGAAAGAUUUUAACAGCGAGUGGCUUAACCCAGACAAUACCUAUCCAAAGCAGCUACUGGACCGGAUAUUCAACUUGACGAGGAUAGUGGAAUUCAUGUACAACCAAGAAGACAAAUUCACAAACUGCCACAACCUUAAGGAUACCAUUCAUUCCUUGUUGGUAGAGCCAUUUAUGAUCCACACUUAG